UGCUGUGUAACUGCGCAUGCGUAGUCGAGAGUGCGGGCUCUCCUUCAGUGUCAGAGCGCUGAGUUCGGGCGGGUAGAGCAGACCUGACGUAAACAAUCGUGGAGCCAUCGACAGCUGGACGAGCGUCACUGGAAGGCAGGCCUAGGACUGGCAGUUGGUACGCACUGAUGGAGAGGCUCCCUUAAUGGAAGACGUAGAGAAGAUUGUGGAACCGGAUCAUCAGGAGAGGGGCCUGCUGUACACGUGGAAAGGAUACUCCUGUUCGGUGACCCCGCAGAGGGUCCUGGGGCUUGGCUCCAAACCUGUCUUACAAGCUUCUCUCGGUGUUCAACAUGGAGUGCUGCUAACUGAAGGAGGUGAAGUGUACAGCUUUGGUGAGUUGCCAUGGAGACAGCCCACCGGAAGCGGCCCUGCUCUCCUGGUCCUCGAAGAAGCUCUUCUUGGAAAGCGCAUUGUGGCUGUCGCCGCCGGAAGCUUUCACAGUGGAGCCGUCUCCGACGAUGGCAUUGUGUUCAUGUGGGGGGAGAACUCCUCCGGCCAGUGUGGGGUGGCUGACAAACGUUUUGUCCCCAGGCCCUUCGCCAUGACUAUUGCCGACCCUGAAAGCAGCCCACCUCAGUUGAUCAAGAUGGUGAGCCUGGCCUGUGGAGAGCAGCACACCCUGGCUCUGUCUGCUCGUGGCGAUGUCUGGGCCUGGGGCAGUGGCUGCCAGCUUGGCCUGGUCACCAGCAGCUUCCCAGUUUUCAUGCCCCAGAGAGUUGAGCACUUGGCGGGCCGGCGUGUACUUCAGGUGGCUUGUGGGGCCUUUCACAGCUUAGCUUUGGUUCAGCGACUCCCCCCUCAGGAAGCCAGGCCACCCCCAGACAAGUGCAAUCACUGUAAUCAGUUACUAAUCACCAUGACUGACAAAGAGGACCACGUCAUCAUCUCGGACAGCCAUUACUGCCCGCUGGGAGUGGAGCUGAGCGGGUCUGAGUCCAGACAGGGGUCACCGGUCCUGAAGCUCAGGAGUUCUCCAUCAGAGGCUUCUCUGAGCAGCAAUGAGAUGGAGACUCUUCGCCUCGACAGUCUGUCCCUCUUGAGCACUGGAGCCAAAUCUGACAAUGGCAUUGGUGCCGCUGCCCACCAAAUGGCCUCUGAAGCACAUGAUGAGCAGCCUCUGGACAACGACACUGGCAUCUCUGGUGUCGACCUGCCCCUGCAUAGCUCCCUGGAUUCCAGUGAGGAGGCCAUGCAGGACAACCUCAAGAUGACUUCAGUUCACCCAGCAGCUGAGCAGAUGGAUGAGGGAAAAGGUGCCCCCUGUGCCAAGGCAGCUGCAGACCUCACAGGUGGCACUUCACUGUCUCCCCCGCUCACUGUUGCUGCCACCCUCAACAGUCUGGUGGUCUCGUGUGCAACUGCUGUGGGUGAGAAGGUGGCAUCCACCUAUGAGGCCCUAUCUCUGAAGAAGGUGAUGGGCUACCACUGUCAAGCGCUGCCCAUUGAGGUGGCCAAGGAGACCCGUGAGGAGCAGGUUCGUCUCGAGGAGUCCAUGCAGGGCAAGAAGAGCUCGAGCCUUGGCGACAUCCGGGAAGAGGAAGCGGAGGCCCUCAGCCGCAGGCUUUCUCUGCCCGGCCUGCUUUCUCAAGUUUCACCACGGCUCCUCCGGAAAGCUAGCAAGCCUCGUGUGCGCCCAGUGCCACUUACCCCCACCAUGGGUAGUGAGAGUGAUGCCCACCUGCCUUCCCUGCAAACAGAGGUCUGGAGCUGGGGCAGGGGCAAGGAGGGGCAGUUGGGACAUGGCGACGUCCUACCGAGGUUGCAGCCCCUCUGCAUCAAGAGUCUAAGCAACAAGGAGGUGGUGCGGGUAUCAGCAGGGGCACACCAUUCUCUGGCACUCACUGCCCAGUCCCAGGUGUUUUCCUGGGGCAGUAACGUCUCCGGCCAGCUCGGGCACAUGGAGUCUUUUAGUAGCGUCCCUCGGCCGGCCAAGAUGGCCGACGGGCUGCGGGUUUGGGAUGUGGCAGCAGGACAGCAGCAUACACUCUUCCUGGCUGAUGGUGAGCUGCACCAGCCCAUCCUCUAUUACAGCGGCAGGCAAGUCUCAGAGGUGGACGGUGGCCUGCACGGUGAUGUCAGCUAUACCCAGCAGCCCGUGCUUCUGCCCUUCUGCAUCAGCCUGGGCUAUGUGAGCAGCGUCUUUGCUGGAGGGAACAGCUGCCUGGUGCUGGCUGAUCAGAACAUCAUGGGCUACGUGGCAAGCAUACAUGAGCUGGCAUCCACGGAGCGAAAGUUCUACUGCCGACUGAGCAAUGUCAAGUCUCAGAUCCUGCGCCCUCUGCUGGGCCUCGACAAUCUGUGUGCCAGCCUGGGCACAGCAUCCACCCUGCUGCUGCAGACCAUGGGCAGCCGCUUCAGCCGACUCUGUUACCUGACUGGUCAGCAUGCAGCCUCACUCAACACCUUCCUGCGCGGCAGCAAAGACGUCAAGAAUCUGGUGAUGGUGGAGUACUCGACGUUCUUCCUGGACACGUACAAAGAGUAUUGCAAGACGGUGGGCAACUUCCUGGUGAUGGGGGGUUUCCAGGCGCUGGCCAAGCCCUCUCUUGAUUUUUUUGGGAAAAGCCCAGAGCUGCUGCAGAGGCUGUCGGAGACCAACGACGAGGGCGCCCCACUGGCAGACCUGCUGGCCACUCUCUUCUACCUGCCGGUCAGGCACCUGCAUGACUACGGCAGGAUCCUCUUGAAACUAGCCACCUGCUUCGAAGUGAGCUCCACCGAAUACCAGAAGCUUCAGGAUGGGAGCACCAAGUAUGAAGCUCUUGCCAUCCACCUGAAGAGGAAGAGGAAGGAAGCUGAGUACACGUUCAACUUCUGGAGGACCUUCCCAGGCAAGAUGACAGACUCUCUGCGGAAGCCGGCACGCCGCCUCAUCUGCGAGAGCAGCAACAAGGCCCUGACGCUGCACAACGCCGGCCGUUUCUCUGUCAACUGGUUCAUUCUGUUCAACGACGCCCUGGUCCACGCACAGUUUUCAACUCACCAUGUCUUCCCCCUGUCCACUCUCUGGGUGGAGCCCAUCCCUGAAGAGGUCAGCGGCAUGUGUGGUCUGAAGAUCACCACUCCGGAGGAGCAGUUCGUCCUGCAAGCAACAUCCCCCGGGGAAAAGGCCAAGUGGCUGAGAGCCAUCAACCAGGCAGUGGAGCAGGCCUUGAUUGGCUGCCCGGAUGAGCCUGUGCCCGGCCCAGGGGGUCUGUCUCGCCCCGAGCCGCCCAUGUCUAGAUCUGCCAAAUAUACCUUCUACAAAGACAGCCGGCUAAAGGAUGCCACGUAUGAAGGCCGCUGGCUGGCAGGCAAGCCUCAUGGCCGUGGAGUCCUGAAGUGGCCUGAUGGGCGUGUUUACUCUGGAACGUUUAAAAAUGGCCUGGAGGACGGCUUUGGAGACCUCAUCGUCCCUAACAAGACACUCAAUAAGGAUGACCACUACCGGGGACAGUGGCGGGAUGGCAAGAUGCACGGAUACGGAAUAUACAAGUACAGCACCGGCGAGGUGUACGAGGGCUCGUUUCAGGAGAACAUGCGCCACGGCCACGGGAUUCUGCGCAGUGGAAAGCUGACCUCCUCCUCGCCCAGUAUGUUCAUCGGUCAGUGGGUUCAAGACAAGAAGACCGGCUAUGGCGUCUUUGAUGACAUCACAAGGGGCGAGAAGUACAUGGGCACCUGGCAGGAGGACAUGCGGCAGGGCAUUGGGGUCGUGGUCACUCAGUUUGGACUGUACUACGAGGGCGCCUUCAGCGGCAACAAGAUGAUGGGACACGGGCUUCUGCUCUCCGAAGAUGACACCAGCUACAGGGGUGACUUUCAGGACGACUGGACGCUAAGUGGAAAGGGAACGCUGACGCUGCCCAACGGGGAUUACUUGGAGGGGACCUUCAAUGGAGAGUGGGGAUCAGGCCUCAAGGUGGCUGGAACCUACUGCAAGCCCAGCGUCUACGAGGCCGACAAGGACAAGGGGGUCCAUCCGAAAUUGGGCACACUGGCAGUGCCUCCAGAUGAGAAGUGGAAAGCCAUCUUUGAGGAAUGCUGGCAUCACCUGGGCUGCGACCCCCCUGGACAAGGAGACAUGUGGAAGGCCUGGGACAACAUUGCAGUGGCGCUGACGGCCAGCAGGAGGCAGCACAAGGACAGUCCAGAGCUGCUGAGCCGGUCUCAUAACAAGACACUGGAGAGCCUUGAGGUCAUUCCGCAGCACGUGGGCCCCAUGACCUCCGAGAGGUACGAUGGCAUCCGCAAAUACCUCAUCAAGGCUUGUGACACCCCUUUGCACCCACUGGGGCGCCUCCUGGAGACCCUCGUGGCUGUCUACAGAAUGACCUAUGUGGGUGUGGGUGCCAAUCGGCGCCUGUUACAGCAGGCUGUGAGCGAGAUCAAGUCCUACCUGAAGAGGAUCUUUGAGCUGGUCAGGUUCCUCUUCCCAGACCUUCCUGAAGAGGGCAGCACAAUUCCAGAUGCUGGCACAGCAGCCACUGAACAGACAGCCCGCAGUGAAAACGUGCUAGGGUCCAGACCAGGCACCCCUUUGCCCGGUCGGCUGGUCAGCUGCUCAGGCCUCCUGCUGCCCGUUCUUUUGCCCCGUCUUUACCCCCCUCUCUUUACCCUCUACGCCCUGGACAAUGAGAGAGAUGAGGAUGUCUACUGGGAGUGCGUCCUGCGGCUCAACAAGCAGCCCGACCUGGCACUGCUCGGCUUUCUGGGGGUCCAGCAGAAGUUCUGGCCCGAUGCCAUCUGCAUAUUUGGUGAGAGGAAACAGGUCCUCCAGAGCACCAAGGACCAGUGUUUCUCAUUGGCCGUGGAGUGUCUGCAGCAGAUCAGCACCACCUUCACCCCCUCAGACAAGCUGCACGUCAUCCAGCAGACCUUUGAGGAGAUCACCCAGGAAGUGCUGGCUCUGCUCAAGGAAGACUUCCUGUGGUCGAUGGAUGACCUCUUCCCCGUGUUCUUGUAUGUCGUCCUCCGAGCGCGUAUUAGAAACCUGGGCUCCGAGGUGCACCUCAUCGAGGACUUGAUGGAUCCUUGUGUGCAGCAUGGGGAGCAGGGCAUCAUGUUCACCACUUUGAAGGCCUGCUACUAUCAGAUUCAGCAGGAGAAGCUCAUGUGAGGCUGGAGGCCACCGCUGCUGGUUGUCCUCGCUGUGGUGCUGAAGGACAAACUGGAGUGAUUGGGACAUUCAGUUGAACUGACGUGUGUGUGACUGGGGACACUUGGGGGGUUGGGGGGAGCGGUCAGUCGGUCACGUGUGGCUUCUCUCAGCUGCAGAUCCAAGAUGAGUGACCAGUCAGUGGACAGUGGGGGCAGUUACUGUUACCUGAUGGCUGGGACUACACAUGUGUCACUGUGUCCUCGUCACUCGGAGGAGAUGACCGCCCCAUCAGGACAUGAAUGGGUCAGCAGGCAGCUUGCUCCUUCUUUGGUGGACUUCCUGCUCUCUCAUGGGGAGGCAGCUGCACUCUGCUGGGGAUCCAUUUUCCUCGAGAUACCAGUGUGGGGGCUGCUGUCUGUUGGUCAAGUUGGCAGCCCACACUGUUGGACAGUUUGGGGCUCAGUCCUCGUGACGACCUGAGGUGGACGCUGUCUUGGGGGCUUACUUUCUUUUUCAGUGUUUACAAUGUGGGGCGCCUUGACCCGACUGACCACUACUGUCUCACAGCCGGACUUCACGCUGGUCAGUGUGAAGCGGCCGCAAUAAACGCCUGGAUACU